AUGGAGGAGUUACUAGCAAAGCACCGCAAGGAGCAAAAAGAUCUCCAAGGCCGGAUCACCCAAAAGAAAAAGUCCGCCACGAAGAAGACACGGAAAGGCGUUAACGAUGAAUGCGAACAAAUGCAACGUGACCUUACAGAGCGACACAAAACCGAGAUCGCAGAACUCAAUGGAGAGUCUACGGAGCCAGUCGAAGCCCUGGAAGAUCUGAGCUUGGAAGAUGGCGCUCCGGCCGAUGAACCGAACGAGGACAAGACAACGGCAAUUACAGAUUCCAACACCCCAGCUCCCUCAGAAUCAGAACCCGCUGGCCGAACGAAGAAACCCAAUCGAGCAAAGGCUCGUCUCGCCCGUCGGGCCGCUGAGCAAGUAGCCAUGUCGGAGGCUGCGGCUGAAGAGGCCAAGAACCAAACAAACUAUAGGGGCAAUGAGCAGGGGGUCAUGGACGCGGCAUUCAAGAAACUGGGUCUUAAAGAGGUGGAGGUUACGCCGGAUGGCCACUGUCUCUAUUCUGCGAUUGCCAAGCAGCUGGAUGACUCUGGACUCGGUUUGCGGCCGGACCCAAGCCGAAUCGUUCUCCAACCAACAUCACAAACACGCAUCGAUACUGUAACAUCGCCCCAACAUGAUGGCUAUCGCGCUGUUCGGGCCGUCACGGCAGACUAUAUUGUGGAACACAAGGAUGAUUUUGAGGCGUUUAUGGAAGAGCCGUUGGAUGUGUAUACGCGGAAGAUCAAGCUCACCGCCGAGUGGGGUGGCCAACUGGAGCUCCAGGCUAUAGCGAGGGCAUAUGGUGUGAUCAUCAAUGUUGUUCAGAGUGAUGGACGACAGGAGAAGAUUGAAUGCGGAGAAAUGGACAGCUUCGAUGAGAAAGAAAAGGCUAAACGCGUUCUUUGGCUGGCAUACUACCGACACACAUACGGACUAGGCGAACACUACAACGCCCUGGUGAAGCAAUCCUGA